CGUUUCCGUUUCCGGUGGCUGGCGCUGGAGGUGGGCGAGGAAUCGGCUGCGGCGGAGGAGCGACGAGAGGCAGCAGCAGCCGCCGCAGCAGCAGCCGCAGCCCGGCAGGCCGCACCGACCCGCCGACGGAGCCCCAGGCAGCCGGCCGGCGGUCAGCAGGAGCACAGAAAUGAAGGCAGGCUGUCCCAUCGUGGAGAAACCAGAAGGAGGCGGAGGCUAUCACUUCCCCGACUGGGCGUACAAGACCGAAUCCAGCCCGGGCUCCCGCCAGAUCCAGCUCUGGCACUUCAUCCUGGAGCUGCUGCAGAAGGAAGAGUUCCGGCACGUGAUCGCCUGGCAGCAGGGCGAAUACGGGGAGUUCGUCAUCAAGGACCCGGACGAGGUGGCUCGGCUGUGGGGCCGGAGGAAAUGCAAGCCGCAGAUGAACUACGACAAGCUGAGCCGGGCACUCAGGUACUAUUAUAACAAGCGAAUCCUCCAUAAGACGAAAGGGAAGAGGUUCACCUACAAGUUCAACUUCAAUAAACUCGUGAUGCCCAGCUACCCCUUCCUUAACAUCCGGCCCACCGGCAUCGUGCCGCAGAGCGCGCCUCCUGUCCCAACAGCCUCAUCCCGGUUCCACUUCCCCCCCCUGGAGGGCCAGUCGCCCACCGAGGACUCCCAGCCGGGCCGCUUCUCCGGCAGACCCCUGGGGCCGCCGGGCCAGGAGACUGUCAGCAACGGCGGCGCGGACGAGAAGUCAUCUCCGGUGCUGGAGCUGGACGGGGGCUCUCCGGAUUGGCACCGUGGGGGCGACCUCCUGGCCUCCUGCCACACAGCGGCCCCCUCUGGCGCGGUUGGCCACCCAAAGCGCAAGUCGGACCUGGUGCUUCCCCUCUUCGGCCGGGCGGGCAUCUAUCCGGACGCGCACAGCCCCUUUGCCGGGUCUCCUCUGCCUCCCCGCGGGGGGGUCCUCAGCGUCCCCCUCUCCCCCGCCUUGUCGCUGACGCCCAGCUUCUUCUCCUACAGCCCCUCCUCGGGCAUGAGCCCCUUUGCGGCCAGCAGCAGCUGCUUCUCCUUCAACCCUGAGGAGAUGAAGCGUUACUUGCACUCACAGGCCUGCUCAGUCUUCAACUACCACCUCAGCCCGAGGACCUUCCCGCGUUACCCGGGCCUGAUCAUCCCGCCCCUGCCGUGCCAGCCACCCCCGGAGGAUCAGCCUCAGUUUCCCAUCAAGCUGCAGCCCCCUCCUGCCGGGCGCAAGAACCGGGAGCGGCACGAGAGUGGCGGGGGCACCGGGCCUCCUCGGCCUCCUUCGCCACCCCCCCGGAUUAAGCUGGAGCGGGCUUUGGAUCAGGAGCCGAGCAGCAUCGACUCCCCAGAGAGGGUCCCGGCGGGGUGGGAGGAAGGAGCGGUCACGGCCCCUCUGCCCCGGCAUCCGGAGCCGCGGGAGAAGACUCUCUUCCUGCACCCACCCGCCCCGGUCUGGCCCGGGCCUUCCCUGGCACCCAGCCCCAUCAGGAAGCUCAAACGAGAGGAGGGCGCUGCUGAGAAGCUGCCCGCGCAGGAGCCCGGGGUGGAGCCGGGGGCCCCCGAGAGGAAAGAGGACGCUGCCAUGCCCCCCAAGCUGCGCCUGAAGCGUCGCUGGAACGGAGACCGGCUGGCCGGGGCCCCCGAGGAGGCCCGGAGCAGGAAGCCCUCAUGGGCCGGCAGCCUGGACACACCGCACAUCCUCCUGGCCCCCAAGGCCACGGUGGACACCUAGAACGGGGAUCGUGCUCGGCGGCUCCGAGUUGCAAUGUAGCAAGGUUUUCCCGGCUGGGGGGGACAGGAGGAGGGCGAGGACAGCUUCACUAAACUUGUGGGGUGGGGGUGGGGUUGCUUUGUGUGUGUGUGUGUGUGUGUGUGUGUGUGCACGCGUGUGCAUUGCAGGUGAAAUCCAGUUUUUCAUGUCCCGAGGGGGGGCUCCUUGGCUUGCGAAGCCCCCUCCCCUCAGCCUAGACGCAAUUGAUGCAGCAGAGCCCCUGACUGACCCGCCCCCCUUCUCUGGGCUGGAUGGUGGUGGGGUUUGUCUGCAUGUUUUCCUUUCCGGGGAGUGUGGUAGGGCAGAAGAGGGGGCCUUCCUCCCCAGUCAGAACUGGACGGUAUCCCACACCCGCGUAGGGAGAGGUGUUGGGUGAGGGGUUGGUGGGGGGCUGGAACAUUGCACUGUCUUUUUAAAUUUUGGAAGCGGAAAUCAAGGGGAGGCGAGACAAAAUCGACAAAACCGGUGGCUCGCCGGCAGGAGGACUCGGGCCUGGCUGUGUGCAGGCUCGGCGGCCUGCGGAGGGACUUUGGAAGUUUUAGGCGCAGGAGAGGGAAGGUGGUGGGGGUGCUCACCUUUAAAAUAACCUCUUCAGCUGUAGAAGAAGCCAUGGCGAGCGGUGCUGUUGAACCGCCAGGGGUGCGGACAGGAAGGGAAACAAAGGCCCAGGUGCCUUCAAGGAUGCCCCCCAUUGCUCCUUCCUUCCCGCUCAGUUCUGGCCUUUGGGGGCCUCCAGAGAGGGAGGUUUGCGGGCAUCCAAGGAGGAGUCAGUGCAGAGCGGCUCCCUGCCCUUUCGUACCUUGCCUUAAUGUGGCUCCUCUGCGAGACCCGCACCGAGGGCCUGGCCAAGUCAGGGGGGGGGGGGCUUCUCCAGGGGUCUGCCAGAGCAGCAGCAGUGCCCGGGUCUGAGCUGCCCAAAGCGUCUUAGUGAGGGGGCUGCAGCAUCUUGAGUAGGGAGAUUGGACAGAGGUGGGUGUCGUGCCAGGCUGCUUCCUGGGAGGAGGGCGGAUUUUCAGGGAGGCAGAGGGUCCCUCUUCUCCACAGUCCUGGGUCCACGGGGGGCUUUGCCCUCCCUUGCAAGUGGCACCUAAGGAUUCCUCCAGCUUCAGAAGCUGGGGGGCUGUAACAUCCGCUCUUCUGCCAAGCUGCACUGUUAGUUGCUUGGAACGUGCUUUCGGGGGGGGGGGGAGAACGC